AUGCAGGGCUGGACUUCGGUUCCAGACUUCUUCACGGAAACUUUAUGGAAGAUGCUGGACGAGGCUCCGGAUAUCGGGUGGAUCCCCGCAGUCUGCGAGCUUCAGGGGCACAUGGGUCUUCGGCACCCGCUGGUGGCAUUCUUGCUUCGAGCGAGGCCGGCAGAGAUGGAAAAACAGCACAACUACUUUUGCACCUGCAAGGUGCUUCUCCUACUGACGUCCAUGGCCGCGGCUGGGCAAGUGCCGGCCACUCCCAUGCUCUUCCCCAUGUACACCGUAGCGGCAGAUGUGCUGCUGAAGAUGACGAGGCCACUGUCUGCCGCCUCCGUGCUGCCUUUCUUCCGGGAUGCUCUGUCGGAGGCCGAGCUGCGGCAGUUUUCCGAGUCCCUGGAGAGGCAGAUCCAAAGAGUUCCGGUGCUCCCAAGAGGUGGGAACUUCUCGCGGUCGAUUUCCUGGCGCACGUUUCCAUCCCGCGGCCUACAGGAGAUCCGCGACCUCGUCCCAGACUUUGAUCGCAAGGCUGCGGACCUGUCGCCGAUCUUCAGCGCUGCCGCCGCCCUGGGCGCCAGGGUUGGCCACCUGGGCUCUGCUGCAGAAGGGCUUGGCACAGAGGACAGCGACAUCGACGUAACCAUCCUUACCGAGGAGUUUGCCGUUGCAGGUCCGGCGCCCUUCGAGGAAUCGCGCGAUUUCCAGCGCCGGCUGCUUCGCAAAGUGCGUGGAUUAUUGGUGCAGGUUCCAGGCGUGGAGAUCUUGGAGUUCAUAUCAGAAGCCAAGCGGCCGCUCUUGAGGAUGAUCUUGCCAUGUGGCAAGAAGGCCGAUGUGUCAGCAGAAAACCGUGAAGGUUGCCAAAAGUCCGCAUUCAUUGCCCGCCAUCUCCACAUUGGACAUCCAAUGUUGGCGAGAACCUGCUUGUGUUUGAAGACAUGGGCGCAGAGGCGAGGUGUCUAUGGACAGCAAUGUGGCUUCCCGUCUGGUUUGGGCUUCUCAUGCAUGGCAAUCUUUGCAGCGCAGUGCUUCGAGCCGACGGUGGCUGGACAAGUGGGAGAGGUUCCAGAGCUCAUCCACAUGUCCCACGUCAAUGAUCUUCGACAGCGGGACGCGACGACCGACGAGGACCUGCCACGUGUGGUUCGUGGUAUUUUCCAAUUCUACGCCGAUGUCUUCGAUUGGGAUACAGAGCAGGUGUCCCCUCGCCGAGGGCACAGACAGGCACGCCGGGCACUAACGGCAGACGGCGUGUUGAGCAUCGAGGAUCCAGUGCUGCCAGAUCUUGACCUGGCUCGCCCCUACAUGAAUUUGGAGCGCUCUCGCCAACUCCACCGACAUUUCACCGCAACUGCCGAGCUCCUGACCAAAGGUCAGUGGAACGCGGAAUGCCUUCAUGAUCUCGGGAUUCCCGCGGGCGUCCGUAUCUUGGAUUUGUACGUUCUGCGCGAGAACCGGAACAAGCGCGAGACGAGGCUGCUGCCGAUGUUGACCUUCAUCGCCGGUCCGAUGUGGAAGAACCUGUUCGGCCAUUCGGCGGAGCUUUUCAAAGCUGAGACGGACGACAAUUCGUACUAUGUGAACGAUAAGACGUUGCUGGUGAACCGCUUUAUUUCCGUCCCACGCGACCUGGGGGCUGUGAACUGCGGCGCGUAG